AUGGCAGGCAUGACACUGAAGUGAAAAUCGUGAUUUUGCUGAUUGUCCCACUAGCGUACUAAUUCUGAAAGAUUAGAAGCAGUAUGGCUUUGGGGCAAAGCACUAGGUAUCCCACGCUGGACCGUCAGUGUGAAAGUAUUCGUCGGAUCCAGCCGCAAACUUUACUCGUAGCCACCAAAAAUAAAGCGGUGCACAGACGCGACAUGAGAUGCCGAACACAGCGAACAAAAACACGAAUUCAGAGUCACAUUAACAAAUUCUCUCAUCAUGUCCCCUUACACCUACACCCACUCAGCAUUCGACCGUGCCUAUCUCCAAACGAUCUGGACCGGAUUAGCGAAUGGACAAAAAGGAACCAGGUCCCGGUGAAUCCUGCAAAGUGCCACCUGCUGACAGUGUGUACCUGCUUCAGUAACACAUAUCUUCUGAGAGAGCACAUUUUGCAACCGGUGACGCGAACGAGACUUAGGUAUCACCGUCUAAAAUAGUCUUGGCAAUUCGCUCCAAUGCUCGAAAGCAGCGAAUGUGGCGAACUUGAAAUUGAGGCAUUUGAGGCGAGCUCUUGGCACGUUUGAGCGAAGGUUAGUGCUACUGUUGCUCAACACAUAUCUUUGUCCCCAACUUGAAUAUGCAGUUCAUGUCUGGCGCUCAUAGUUAAAACGAAAUAUUCGUCUCUUGCAGAAACCCUAAGGAAG